UAAACCCUAAAUACCAACUCACCAAAAAAUAAACUCAGGCCACUUUUGCUCGUUUUUGGUUUAUUUUAUUUUUUAAUUUUAAUGGACCCUCCACCAUCUACUCCUCCUUUUCCUCCUACCAAAAACAAGGAUGAGUUCCAGCGUAGAAGCACUGAGGAGGAGCAGGCCCAGAGCCGAGAUCGCCGGGCCUCUGUGCACUAUGCCACAAUCGGAGAGUUCCUGGCCAGCCUCAAGAAUGUCCAGGACAAGGCUCUGGGCCUGGAGGACUAUCUGAGGGCUGUCAGGUGUCCGGAGCAACAGCCACUUGGGGAUGGAGAUCCCGUUAGGGAGAGUCAGGAGCAGGGCAAGAACUAGGCGGGCAUUCUCUGAGCUCGCAUUUUACUUUCAUGAUGAAUAAUGCUUAAUUUUAAUUAAAAUUUUCAAGUUUA